AUUUCCUACAGCUCAGAGGGCCCCAGCAGUCCAGCAACUCUCUAAAGUCCCUGUCGCCUACGGUGGCAUCCAUCCUGUCACACAAUUUUCGGUCAUCUCGUCGGAGAUCUCCCGAGGACCCAUCGGAGCGGUUCCUCAAGGAGCUCCGCUAUGAUCUGGAGACGGUGUACGUCGGCCAAAUGUGCCUGUCAUGGGAGUUCCUCCGGUGGCAGUAUGAGCAGGCCCGUGACCUCCCGGAGUCUGACCCUUACCACAGCCACCAGUACAACCAGGUGGCCGGAGAGUUCCAGCAGUUUCAGGUCGUGGUGCAGAGGUUCGUCGAGGACGAAUCGUUCAAAGGCCCUAGGCUGCCAAACUACAUCAACAACCGAUGUGUUCUUCGCAAUCUCUUGCAAGUGCCCGUGAUUAAAGAGGACAGCUUGAAGGACAGGAUGGAGGAUCAGCGCAAGGGCAACUACGUGAUAACCAGUGAGGAGCUGGAGGACAUCAUGGAAGAGGCGAUGCACAUCAUGUGGGAGUUCAUCAAGGCCGACAGAGUCGAGACGACAACAACAUCGGUGCUCAAGGGCCUGUCCAGCACCCACGUCGAAGUCCAGGACCCCAUGGAUCAUGAUCUCAUGGCGCACAUCAAUUCCACGUUACAGAAGAAAGAGAAGAGGCUCAAGGACCUCCUCAGGACCGGCAACUGCAUCGUGAAGAAGUUUAAGAAGCCCAAGGAGGACAGAUCGAACCAGAACCUCUUCUUCUCGCAGGUGGACAUGAAACUGGUGGCGCGGGUGCUGAGGAUGCCGAGGAUCACCAGCGAGCAGCUGCAGUGGUGCAAGGCGAAGCUCGACAAGAUCAUACUGGUAGAUAGGAAGAUCCACAGGGAGGCUUCAUUUUUGUUGUUUCCCUGUUGA